AACUUCUCACGAGUUGGACGGAGGGAAAAGUAUAUUUAUAUCCCAAUUAAUGCCACUAUGGCACUGCCGAUGCUGCCUGGAAAUUCUCUCAACAAAAACUUGGGGAAAGACAAAUUCCACAAGUCCCAGCAUUUUGACUAUUCCAAUGGGGUCCGUAUGAUGGUGGGCUCAGGGAAGCCAGGCAUUGGAGGGGAGUUGCUGUUGGGCCAGAAGUCUCAACCAAACUAUUCUGUCUUCCCCAAUGGAGAGGGCAGUGACACUCCAUCAUGGGUGGCCUUUGACAAGCAGGUGCUGAGCUUCAAUGCUUUCUUCCAGGAGGCUGUGCCUCAGAAGCGAGAGGAGAAAUACCGCGUCAGGAAGUGUAAGAUCUAUUUCUACCUGGAAGACGACACCAUCCAGGUGGUAGAGCCUGAAUUAAAGAACAGCGGAAUACCACAAGGAACGCUGAUUCGUCGGCACCGCAUCCCAAUGCCCCCUCCAGAUGAUGAGUGCUUCUACACGGUGCACAACUUCAACAUCAACCAGCAGAUGGUGCUGUACUCACGCACUUUCAUGGUCACCGACUGUGACCCCUUCACCAGAAACUUCCUCAGGAAGAUGGGGGUACGGCUCAACCCCCCCACCUCCACUCCCCUGGACCCCUACAGCAACCUACGACAAGAGAUGGAGAAGAGUAUGAAGCCGCUUCGUCCAUACGAGAGGCUGGACACGCUCAAGCAGUUCCUGGACCACGACCGCAAUGUGCUGCGGUUCUUCUGCCACUGGGACGACUCAGAGAACAUGUUUGGGGACCCGCGCGAGCUUACCCUGCACUACUUCUUGGCCGAUGACACCAUAGAGAUCAGGGAGGUCAUCUACCCCAACUCAGGCCGGGAUGCCACCCCCAAGUUUCUGCACCGUAGCAAGCUGCCCAAGCAUUCUCCCAACCCCAAGCGUCAGCCCGGAGAUAUCACAGACCGUACGGUGCUCAACGUCUUUGGUCCAAUGGGCCAGGGAGGACGCUACAUCCUGGACAGCCUCAAAACAGGUGCAGUCCAUGAGCAGUUCUAUAAGGACAGUGACCUGACUCUGGGGGGCAUGGUCAACGUGUGGGGACGCAGGGUGGUCAUCUGUGACUGUGACAACUUCACCAAAGAGUUCUACCGAUCCAAAUACGGCAUUGAGGACUUCAGCCCAGUACAGUACAAGGCACCUCUGGCCCCUAAGCCCCCCAGGCCUGUACCUCCCUACAAUGGCUUUGGCUCUGAAGAGGACUCUCUGUGCUCCUGCCAGGGCCUGCUGCCCAAACCCCCACAGAAAGACUUCCGCAAGCUCAUGGAGAAAGACAGACAGGGCCUUGAGAGCAAUGUGCUGAGGUUUAUGGGCAAGAUGGUGACUGAAAAUCCCAUCGACAGAGAUAGACUCUUCAUAAUCUCCUUCUACCUCAGUGACGACACCAUCUGUGUGUACGAACCGCCUCAGAGGAACACCGGUGUGUUGGCGGGUAAGUUCCUUGAGCGUGGCAGAGUGAAGAAGCCUGGUCAGGAGCUGUUUAAGAGUGAGAUGUCCCAGUAUUUCAGUGCCCAGGACCUGUAUGUAGGAGCCAGGAUCAACCUCAACAACCAGGGCUUCCAGCUGAUCGACGCUGAUGAGUACGCCUUCAACUACAUGGAGCAACACGCUGAGGAGUUCCCCAGGGCUAACAUGGGCUCCAUUAUCAGUAAGAUCCGCUCCAUCCCUGAGGACAAACAGAAUGAGAUUAAACAGUUCCUCACCCUCAGUGACCCUGGAAACACUGGACUGAUCCCCUACGAACCCUUCAGGGGCCUGCUGGUGGGUCUGGAGUGUGGUCUGUCGGAGCACGAGGUGAUGAUGCUCGGUCGUUGUUUCUGUGAGCGCCAGCAGCCCGAGGCAGAGGUGGGUCUCAUGCUGGCUGUGGCUCAGGACCACCUACGCAAGAAACACUUUGAGAGCUUCUCCGACAUGACCAGAGCCUUCACACAUGAGGACCGACACAGGACUGGUCUUCUCUCCACCAAGGAGGCCAGGACCAUCUGUAAGGCCUUCCAGCUGCCACUGGCGGAGGACCUGUUGAGGGCCCUCCUCAAGAAGUUUGAUGCAGGCUCUGAGGAGAUGGACUACCAUGCCUUUCUGGCAGGGAUCAACUGGAGAGAGAACCCUGCUCCCCCUGUCCUGCCUGACGACGCCCUGAAGUUUAACGUGGACUGGAGCAGGGAAGCCAAAGACCCAGAGGUGAAGAGCAUCAACUACUCUGUCCUUCUGGAAGACGUGUUCGGUAGUGUCAACACCAACUCUAACCAACCCAACACUCUAACCAACCCAACACUCUAACCAACCUGACACUCUAACCAACCCAACACUCUAACCAACACUCUAACCAACCCAACACUCUAACCAACCCGACACUCUAACCAACCCGACACUCUAACAACCCAACACUCUAACCAACCCGACACUCUAACCAACACUCUAACCAACCCAGCACAAGGACAGAGAGAUAGCAAGGAGUACCAGCAGAUCAUCAUCCUAUGAACUCAAUCACCUCGCUGCUCUCUGUGUAUAUUUUCACUUUCAAUUAAAGAACAUGGAUUACA